GAACUCACACGACGGUGGCUUUAACGUGUUUCCUUUAAUUAAACGGUGAUUAAUGGACAAAUUACGGUGGAAGCCAACAUUCAGACUGAAUUGCCAAAAUAGGUGAAAAGCUACAGUCUCUUUUUCUCUGGAAACAGCCGAGAGGGAGGGAGGAGUUUAAACAAAGGCCCUCUCCACAUAAAAAAAUGGAGGCUAGUACAGAGAAGCCAUGGUGUCCUGCUCCUCACAGUGCUGCCAUUUCUACUUUUAAAGCCUUCAAAUAAGACAACUACCGCCAGAUUCUACACUUGGAAACUUCAAACCAUUGUCACGUGGGGUUUUGCUGCCCCUGCCUGCACUGAACAAAGAUAAUUACUCAGGAAACAUUUCGGCCAAUCAGACGCGGCCUUGUAUCCUGCCUGUGAGGAAAGCGACCAGUCAGGAUCUGGCUAACAACACUGGGGCCUGAUCGCCUUGCCUGAAGAGCGGAGCCUUCCCCGGCUGAGGGCUGAGAGUGUCCUCCAUGUUUUAUAAGUGUUGACAUAACAGUGUGUCAGGCAGCCAUGCAUCCACAGAGUCUGGCUGAGGAAGAGAUAAAGACAGAGUCUGAUGUGGUAGAGGGGAUGGAUGCAUCUGCACGAUCCAAAGUCCCUGAUCCACCAGGGUCAGCGGAACGACCUGUGAAAAGAAAGGUGUCCAGCCCCACCCAUUCCUCCAAUGGACACUCUCCCUCGGACACCUCGCCCAGCCCUCUCAAGAAAAAGAAGAAGCCUGGAGCCGUCAACUGCAACAACAAAGACCAGUCAGAGCUAAGACAUGGUCCCUUUUACUAUAUGAAGCAGCCAGCACUCACCACAGACCCUGUUGAUGUUGUACCGCAGGACGGCAGGAAUGACUUCUACUGCUGGCUGUGCCACCGCGAGGGCCAGGUGCUCUGCUGUGAGCUCUGCCCCAGGGUGUACCACGCCAAGUGCCUCAAACUACCAGCCGAGCCCGAGGGCGACUGGUUCUGUCCAGAGUGUGAGAAAAUUACAGUUGCCGAAUGCAUUGAAACCCAGAGCAAGGCAAUGACAAUGCUGACAAUAGACCAACUCUCCUACUUACUCAAAUUCGCACUCCAAAAGAUUAAACAGCCUGGGACUGAGCCUUUUCAAAAGCCCGUGUCUCUGGAACAGCACCCGGAUUAUGCAGAGUACAUUUUUCACCCCAUGGACCUGUGUACUUUAGAGAAGAAUAUCAAAAAGAAAAUGUACGGCUGCACUGAAGCCUUUCUUGCUGACAUGAAAUGGAUCUUACACAACUGCAUCAUCUAUAAUGGAGGUAAUCACAAACUAACAGCAACAGCAAAAGUCAUCGUCAAGAUUUGUGAACAUGAGAUGAAUGAGAUUGAGGUGUGUCCAGAGUGCUACCUGUCUUCAUGCCAAAAAAGGGACAACUGGUUUUGUGAGCCAUGUAGUCAACCCCACCCUCUUGUCUGGGCUAAGCUAAAGGGCUUUCCUUUCUGGCCGGCUAAAGCACUUCGGGAAAAGGACGGGCAGGUAGACGCACGUUUCUUUGGGCAACAUGACAGGGCAUGGGUCCCCAUCAACAACUGCUACCUCAUGUCCAAAGAGAUCCCCUUCUCUGUGAAAAAGACAAAGAGCAUUUUCAACAGUGCCAUGCAAGAGAUGGAAGUCUAUGUGGAAAAUAUUCGCAAGAAAUUUGGGGUCUUCAACUAUGCACCCUUUCGCACCCCCUACACACCCAACAACCAGCUACAGAUGCUACUGGACCCCUCCAACCCCAGUGCCGGGACAGUGAAAACAGAGAAACCGGAUAAACUUCGCUUCAACUUCGAUUUAACGGCGUCUCCUAAGAUGGUCCUCAGCAAGAGUUCCACGCCCAGCGGCAUGAGUCGGAGGGUCUCGAUGACAGACAUGCCUCGGUCUCCAAUGAGCACGAACUCGUCAGUUCACACGGGGUCCGAUGGGGAGCAGGAUAUGGAUAAGGCCAGCAGGAAUCCUACCUUUCACUACAGCACUGGAGAGGAAUCAAUGGACUGUACUGCAUCUCCUGUCUCAGGGAAGAUGGGUCCUGCAGGCAACGUGGCAGGCAGCCCAAAGCCCCUUAACCCUGGACUGGUGCCAAAGCUGGAGAGGACAGUAGUAACAGGUGGCAUCCUUAAUCUCAACCUGGAUCGGGUGAAGGCUGAGAUGGAUCUAAAGGAGCUGAGCGAGACUGUGCAACAGCAGCAACAGCAGCAGCAACAGGCAGCGUCAGCUUCACUCCCCACCCCAAAGAGACCCAUCAGCAGCCUGGACAAGACUAUCGAGAGCUGCAAGGCACAGCUAGGGAUCAAUGAAAUCUCUGAAGAUGUGUAUAAAGGUGUGGAUCACAGCGACUCUGAGGACUCUGACAAAUCGGACACAAGUGACAGCGAGUAUCUCAGCGACGAGGAACACAAGCCAAAGAGCUCCGCCCAGGACGACAAGGACAAAGCAGACAGAAAAAGGCCCAAAGCAAGCGCGGAGAGAGAGAAUAAGGAGGGAGUUACAGGGGCGGCGGAUAAAGCCACCCCUGAACCCCUGCUCAAAGACAAGCAGGGCACCAAUGGACCAGAUAGGGACCUCCAGGACAAGCCCAGAACGCCCCAGUCUCAACCCCUCACUGACAAACCCAAAACUUCAGAGGAGGGCAGAGCAGCUACCGCCACAUCGGCCGCUGAACAAGACUCUGAUUCUGAGAGAGAGCUGGUGAUCGACCUGGGAGACGAACAUGGAGGCCGUGACUCAAAGAGGGCGAGGAGGGAGGCGGGGGCUUCAGCUGCCAAAACUCUCAAAGAGCCUAAUGUUGCUAAGCUGGAAGGUAAACUUCCCUCCUCUGCUGCAGCAGCUGCACCAUCACGGGAAGCCGCCUCUAACCUAAAAGACUCUUUACAACCCUCCAUCACAGCAGCCCUCAACCUUGUUUCCACAGCAGCUUCUGGUCAGCCCAGUGCAACCACAGCCACCAGCGGAUCCACCAGUGCCCCCUCUCCCGCUUCCACCUCGGUCUCCGCAACAUCCCCAGCACCCGCAGCUAUGAAGAAACAGCGCCCUCUACUGCCUAAAGAGACAGCUCAGGCCGUGCAGCAGGCGGUGGUUUGGAAUCCGACCAAAUUCCAAACGUCCUCUCAGAAAUGGCACAUGCAGAAGGUGCAGAGGCAGCAGCAGCACGGAGAGCAGUCAGCAGUGCCGAGCCCGGCCCAGAGUCAGGGGCAGACACGCAGCCCACAGCAGUCACAACAGCACAACUCCUCCUCCAGCACCCGAUAUCAGACCAGACAAGCAGCCAAGGUGCAAAAAGACGUGCCUCAGAGUGCAUCCUCAUCGACAUCUGCCCAGGUCACAUCUGGCAGUUCCUCUUCUUACAUGUCUGGAGACCUGCAGAUCCCAACAGGCUCAGCAGACGUGGCUGCAGAUAUAGCCAAGUACACAAACAAAAUCAUGGACACAAUAAAAGGGACAAUGACUGAAAUCUACAAUGAUCUUUCCAAAAGCACAUCAGGAAACACAAUUGCAGAGAUUCGACGGUUAAGGAUAGAGAUCGAGAAGCUCCAGUGGCUGCACCAACAAGAGUUGUCAGAGAUGAAGCACAAUCUCGAGCUAACGAUGGCAGAGAUGAGGCAGAGUCUGGAGCAGGAAAGAGAACGGUUGGUGGCUGAGGUGAAAAAGCAGAUGGAGUUGGAAAAGCAGCAGGCGGUGGACGAGACCAAAAAGAAACAGUGGUGUGCUAACUGCAGGAAGGAGGCCAUCUUCUACUGCUGCUGGAAUACCAGUUACUGUGAUUACCCCUGCCAGCAAGCCCACUGGCCAGAGCACAUGAAGUCCUGCACACAGUCAGCAACAGCUUCGCAGCAGGAGCCAGAAGCAGAGUCCAACUCCGACCCUUCAGUGAAAUCGUCGGGCCUCUCUCCUGCCACACAGACGCUGCCCUCAGGAGCAGGAUCCAUAUCAGACAAAAGCAACUCUCCCACAUACAUGGACAAGAGCAAGGACAGUGCUGGCGUCACUGUGACCUAACUGCUACACUACAGAUACUCUCUGCGGGGUUUGUCGCGUCAAACAUGUGUCGUCAAACUUGGUGAUUGAAGACCUGCACCUCUGUGACAAAUCAUUUUGGUUUCUCCAUUCCCAUGUGUUCAUCUGCUUGAUGGACUUUUUUUUUUUCAAAUUUUGGUUCAUCUCUCCUUCGCAGUUCCCACACAAGUCUGUGUUCAGGUGGAUUCACCAUGUGAAAGUAGUCUGUCUUGAGAAAUAAAAUGUGAGGUUGUAUUUUUUCAUUCUGUAGUUUUGUCAUAGCUCUGUCACCACUUUGUUUCAUGUCUCGGCAAGAUUGUAUCAACCCACAAAAUAUUUACAACACUUUUCAAUGCUGCUCUUAAGUACUUGGUGGCUGUUUUAUUUUGUUGAUUGCUCUCCAUAUUAUGAGACAAAAACACCCAUCGACAGUUGAUAUUCAUUUAUCACAGUGCCAUCAGAGGUAUUUUGGGUUAUGCAAGUUUCAUUUUUAUGUUUGAAAUCAUGUCCGCUUCAUGUUAUCUGAGAUAUUUUGCAAGUUUAAAAAUUAUGUUUUCAACUAUGUCCUCCUCAUGUCAGCAGGGGCAUUUUUGGCUCAUACCAAUUUUGUAUUGUAGUUCCACAUUGUAUAGACCUACAUAAAAAAAAAAUAUCUGUGAUUUAUUAAAAAAGAACUAAAAAAUGUAAACUGUACAAAGUUUUUGUAAGAAAAUACCUGAACAAUAUUUAUAGUGUCAUAUGUUUUUAUAGUAUGUUUAAUGAAAUCACAUUUCUAUGUGUCUAAAAAAAAGUUAUUUGAAAAUAAAAAAUAUGAAUGUCAGCUCUGAGCGAAGCCUCUGUUUAACUGGUGGAGAACUGGGUAGACAUAAAUAGAAACUGCAUUUUGGCUGGAUAUUAUUUCCUGUGAGCAUGUCUGUUUUGAGCUCGUGUCUCGUUCGUGUUUACAUAUUGUACAUACAUAAAUGGACUCGUGAAGAAAAAAUAAAAAUGCUCUGAUCAACUUAA